AUGAUAGUGCCCAGCGAGGACAAGUUAGCUGCAGAUUUAGACUGUGGAGUCCAGAGAGGAAGUCUAUCGUUGGUCUUAGACUUCACUAUCAGCUUACGGGGGACUCCGCCAGGCGUUCCCAGCGAACCCUCACAGUGUAUCACCAACACGGUGCAUAGUGUGGAUGGGGCGCUGCUCACCUUGACCUGGGAUGUUGUGAGUCGGUGGACCGAAUACUUUGAAGACCUCCUCAAUUCCACCGACAUGCCUUCCCAUAAGGAAGUAGAGCCUGGGGUCUUAGAGGUCCCCAUCAAGCACCAGGGACCGGAUACGGGUUCGUCGGAGGAGUCUGGCGGCGACGCGGCCCUCGGCGAGGAGGGCCCCACCGAGUGCGACUGCGAACCCGGCGAGCCAGGAUUUGCCGGUUUUGCCGGACCGAAGGGCUUGCGAGGCCUUCCCGGUAAACAUGGUGCACCGGGACACCAAGGCAGAGAGGGUUAUAAAGGAACUAAAGGAGUUCAGGGACGAAGAGGAGAUCCCGGACCAGUGGGUGAUCCUGGACCAGAAGGUGAAGAUGGAGGUUCAGGUUUCUCUGGAGGAAUGGGAGAACCAGGACUUAUGGGAUCACGCGGUGAGCCCGGAGUGCCGGGUCUGAAGGGCGACUUCGGCAUGGAGGGACCGCGUGGAGGAGUCGGGCUGCCCGGUAACACUGGUUCUCGCGGAGACGCGGGCACCCCAGGAUCAAGGGGAGGUAAAGGUCCCAAGGGAUCUGUGGGCGAAGAAGGCAAAGUUGGAGUUCAAGGACCUGAAGGACGCAAGGGUCAAACUGGAGCACCCGGAUUUUCAGGAGAUGUUGGCGAAAGAGGCUACACAGGUUAUCCAGGCCAGACUGGAGGUCACGGACCAGUUGGACCGAAGGGCUCCAAAGGUAUCGGUGGCAUACCAGGCAGUGAUGGUGACCCUGGAGAAGAUGGUCCAAUAGGUGUCCCGGGGCUGAUGGGAGAGCCGGGUUCCUUCGGGGCUAAGGGCAGCAAAGGCGACCGUGGCGUGAGAGGGCCUCGAGGCCGAGUGGGCGCUGUGGGCCCCAGUGGAGAGCCAGGAGAUGCUGGCAUACAUGGAAAGCUAGGACCAAAAGGUCUGCAGGGACCAAUUGGACCCAAAGGCGAAACUGGACCGGACGGCGAAUUGGGUACAAAGGGAAGGAAGGGACAGAAGGGUCAAAAAGGACAAAAGGAAGCAACUGGCGAUCGUGGAGAUAAAGGACAGCGUGGUCCAAAAGGCGGGGUCGGUCGGCCGGGAGAAUCUGGCCCCGAGGGUCCUCCCGGCCUUCCGGGGCCCCGAGGGGCUCGCGGCCCUCUCGGAGACCCGGGGGUCAAAGGUCAAGCUGGGCCCAGAGGAGUUCAAGGUCCCAUGGGUCCCGGGCUGUCGGACGAACAGGUGCUGCAGUUGUGUCGCAGCGUCGUCACUGCUCAGCUGUCGCAGUACGCCUCCUCCAUUAGGAGUAAAUGCUUGCAAGGCUGCCCAGUCAACAACCGCACGCUCAUCGGACCCCCUGGAGCCAAAGGACCCCUGGGACCGCCCGGAAAAUCUGGCAAAGCGGGAAAAGCCGGAUCCAAGGGAGCCCGUGGUGUUCAGGGCGAUCGAGGCCUGGAAGGAGAAAAGGGAGCGCAGGGUGAACGAGGCAAAAAAGGUCCAAAAGGAAUAACAGGCGAUCAAGGAACAGGUUUCCCGGGACUUGAUGGACCACAAGGGGUCCCUGGAUUCCCGGGCGAGCCCGGCGUUGCCAAAAACGGCAUGGAAGGUCCGCGCGGCCCACGCGGGUUCCCGGGUCCGGUGGGCAUCACCGGAAUGCUGGGAAUCGCCGGCGUUCCGGGUUUCUGCGAGGCCCGGGAUUGCAGCAUUCACGCUCCGGUCAUGCGAAAAGAGCAGGGUCUUGUCAAGGGUCCCCACAGCUCCUAAACCUGAAAUUUUUACACAGAAAAAAAUAUACGUGUCUGGAAAAUACUCACUUUGCUUCCCUUUUUUCUAUAUUUUCUUUCCUUGUAGCCAUCUUGAAAACGUAUUUAUAGCUUUUUGUUUGUCAUCACAACUAUCUUUGGCCAGAAAAAAAGUGGAAGCAUUGUGAAUAUUUUCCAGAUGCGAGGUGAGUAAAUAUAGGACGGUGUGUAAAUAUGAUGUAAAGUAUCGCAAAUACAUGAAAUGUGCUUUGAAGUGUUUCGGAUAAACUGACUGCUUUGUUUUUUGAACCUGCUCGCUUUUUUGCUAUACAGUUGGUUUUUUUGCCACAGAAAUCAGACUUUAAAAGGGCUGUUUUUUGUUGUUGUUUUUUUUUCAACUGUUUAAAUACUCUAUUAAAUGUGAAGUUUAUUAAUAAAUCCAUGGGAUUUGUGGAGUCCUUUGAGGUAUGUCAUUUUUAGAAACAAUACUUUUUUUCAAUAAAUACAUUCACAACACAUUUGAUUUGAAUGAUUUGGUUUGAUUUAAUAGGAUGUUUUUUAAUUACGUUUCUAUCAGGCAGGGGUGUCAAACUUGCGGUCCAGGGGCCAAUUGAGGCCCUCGGCACAAUAUUUUUCGGCUAUUGAUUGAUUGUAUUAUAUAAAUGGAUAUUUAUUAUUAUAUUAUUAUUAUUUAUUAUUAUAUUAUACUAUGAAUUGAUAUAUAUUAUAUUGGGCGGUUAAAAAAUUAAUG